AUGAUCACCCGUCCCGCCUUCCCAGCCCCGCAGAGCGACUUGAAGACUGUUGUCGAGAGUCGGAACCGCGAGUGGCACUUCCACAUUUACUUCCUGCUUCAGUCGCCCACGGAGAAGGCCGCAGCCUUGGCUAUUCGUGAUGCUGUCUUGAGGCUUCGCCGUGAUGGUGCAUUUGUUGCCGUCCCGCUACAGACGGUCAAUGAGUAUCCAAGAGGACCACACCCAGCAGGAAGCUAUGAGAUUUGGGUGCCGGACUCAUCGUUCAGCGACGUCUUUUUCUAUCUAGCGUCCAACAGGGGUAAUCUCAGUGUUCUGGUACACCCUCUGACAGCAGACCAACGCCGCGACCACGAGUUCCGCCACGGCUGGAUGGGCACCCCUUGGCCUCUUUUCCUGGACAGCCUGCCGAGCGACGGUGAUAUUCCCCUCCAAUAUCCCGAGCUAAGCCUCGGGUGGUCCACAGAGCCGGACAAGGAGAUCUCGCUUGACGAGAGGCGCAAGAGAGGCGCUGAAGUGGAGGCGCUGCUAGCUGACGAUCCGGAGGCUGCUCCUGCGCCUGACAACUAG